GUACCGUUUCCUGUCUGAUGUCAGGUCAAAAUGUUGUGUGGUAGAGGUCUACAGAGGCUAAAAGCUGCUCUAAAUCCCCGUGGAAAUAUAAGGUGCAGGAGUCUCACGUCAGAUGGAGUUCAACAUAAAGAUGACAUGGUCGUGAAAAUGGAGAAUCCAUACAAAGAGCCUCCUAAAGUCUGCACCCUCUGCAAUGUUACUGUAGACUUUAAAAACAUUCAGCUGCUUUCUCAGUUCAUCUCACCGUACACAGGCACGAUUUACGGCCGACACCUUACAGGUUUAUGUGGAAGAAAACAGAAGGAGAUCUCUAAAGCCAUAAAGAAGGCUCAGGCAAUGGGUUUCAUGCCGGUCACCCACAAACAUCCUCAGUUCAUGAUGGAUCCCAACAUCUGCAACGUCAAACUUCUGAAGUAGAGGAUCAUUGUGCGUUUAGUUUGUGUAUUAAAACCUGUCUGCUGUCAGUGUAAUGAGGCUCUUCACAUCAC